CUCGAUCGACUGCACGCCUGGAGCCUGCUCUCAUUCCCAAUUCGUUUUCUAGCGAUACAGAGAUCAGGCCGAUAAUCCCUAGAAAUCGUGCUCUGUCUUGUUCGAAUCGAACUUCUUGAUUAACUCGUCGUUCGACUUCUGUCCACAAAACAUGAAUCAAAACCAGAGCGAUCAAGCCCACACAGCGAAACCAUCUUCAGAAUCGGACCGAAACCAAAACCUUCACUCCACCGACUACGCUCCGUAUCCGAAGCUCGACCCAAAAGACGUGGCUCCGCUACCGGAGAAUUGGACCAACGUGUCGGUGGGUCCAUCCGAAUCUCAGCCCAAACAGGCGAGUGCAGAACAAGGAUCGGCACCAAUUUCCGGCAGUACCGCCACGACCAUGCCGUCGGAGUCUAAUCCCUACGUCACUUCUGCCCUGACUCAGCCAUCUAAGAAUAAAAUGGAUUCAGUGAAGGAUGUGCUGGGGAAAUGGGGAAAGAAGGCGGUGGAGACUACAAAGAAGGCCGAGGAUCUUGCUGGGAAUAUGUGGCAACACUUGAAAACAGGUCCUAGUUUUGCUGAUGCUGCUGUGGGAAGAAUUGCUCAAGGGACUAGAGUUCUUGCUGAAGGUGGUUAUGAGAAGAUCUUUCAAAAUACAUUUGAGAAUGUGGCGGAGGAGAAACUUUUGAAGACAUAUGCAUGCUACCUAUCCACUUCUGCUGGUCCUGUUAUGGGGGUUUUAUAUUUGUCCACAGCAAAGCUUGCUUUUUGUAGUGAUAAUCCUCUAUCAUACCAAGUUGGUGACAAAACUGAGUGGAGCUAUUAUAAGGUGGUUAUUCCAAUAAAUCAGCUGAAGGCAGUAAAUCCAUCUACCAGCAAUGUCAACCGAGGCGAAAAGUAUAUUCAGGUUAUCUCUGUUGACAACCAUGAAUUUUGGUUCAUGAGCUUUGUACAGUAUGACAGUGCUGUAAAAAAUCUUCGAGAAGCCUUGCAAUCCAGUGGUAUCAGGGUUAAAAGCUUCCAUGGUAAUUAAAUUGUGGCUUAUGAUCUAUAGCCUUGAUAAAUGUCCUGCAUGCGAUGAUGGGAAUAUAUGGUGGAGAAUAUUUAUGUUGAUAUUAAGCUUGCAUUUGUUGGUGUGCCUGUAGUUCUUCGUUUGUUACUGGAACCCAUUGGUCGUAUAUUCAAUAUACUGCAAAUAUUUAUUUGUAUUUACCAAUACAAAUAUAUAAAUAGAUAGUACAUUGGGUUUUGCACUGGGCCCUAUAUGCCA